ACCCCCCAUGUAUACUAAAAAAUUUUCAACAUUUAUUAGCAAAUACAAGAAAUUUUUCCGAACUCUCAACAGACGUAUUUGAGACGCAGGUGUAACUGGAACAUAGUGUAGUGAUUUAAUUUCAUCCUGUAAAUUGGAAAAAAUAUAUAAUAAAAAAGCAUCUAAAAUAUUUAAAACCGAUUUAUUUCACGGUUCUAUUUCGCAUUAAUUUCAGUAAGAAAUGUUAAAAUAUAAAAACUGAUGCUUAUUUGGUCAUUCCCAGACCGAUAAGUAUCCUUCAACAAAAACAGAAGAGUUGAAGUACUUAACAGUACGAAACUCUAAAAAUAAAUAACAUCAAAGAAACACUAUUUGAAGUCAACAUGCGUAACUGAGAAGAUAAAGAAAAAAGGGCAAAUCAACGCAUAUGAUGUCUUUUCAACUGUAGCCAAAAGAAAAAAACUGUAUGCGUAUAAAGGAAACCAGAUUGUGUUUUAUUGCAUAUUUUGGUUGGUUGGUGGUUUGUUUUUGGUUGAUAAACAUUUGUUGCAAGCAUUUGGGCCAAUGCAAGAAAAUAAUGUAUCGUAGUUCAUAUCUACAACCUUUUUGUUUGGGAAUUUACACAGAGUUGCAACUACAAUACUACUACUAAACCCACAGUCUCAUGUGUGUGUGAGUGCUGUUUGCUAUGCAUUUUGGCGCUGGGAAUCAUGCGGGCGAACGCACAACGCACAAUCAGCUGGCCUAGUGAAGAUUGUGAAUAAUACCCAACUAAAUAUCCAGGCAAACAACCACUCAACCAACCAGCCAGGCUUCAUUCAACCAACCCUCAAGACGAGCAGUGAUCUUCAGCACUGCAUCAAUUGAAUUGAAAGUCAGCCUCUGCAGAACUCUGUUCACUGUACUUUCAAACGAUAUACAGAAGAGAAACGAUCGCGUACUAAGGAAAUAAGAGACAUAUUUUGCCGCCAUGUUGAAUCCUAAUCACACGGGCGCAACGCGACGUCCUUUCUCGCGUAACGCACCGUCUCGCAAUCAUCGCAGUCGUAUGUUAUUCUCCCCGCACCAUCAUUCGCAUCACCUGUUACAACAGCAACAACAACAACAACAACAACAACAGCUGCAUGGUCACGCUCACGCGCACACGCAAUCACGCAUAGGUAACGGCAACGGUAAUGGCGGCGGCGGCGGCGGCGGCAGCGGCAGCGGUAGUGGUGUCGGCGGUCUCGCCUUGGGUUCCACAGGGGGCUCCUUAGGUAAUGGUGGACAGUGGUACAACAAUAAAGACAACAAUGUGGACAGCUGGAGUGCUCUUGGGUAAGAUUGCCUUGUUUACGUUAACAACGCUUACACACACAUCCAAAUUAUGAAGUAUUAUUAUGCAUUUAUAAAUAAAGAUUAAACAUAUAAAAUAUAUAUAUGUAACCCCAAUUCCCAAGUCCCUACACAUUACCACACUUCCACUGUAGUCCCAAUCCAAUCGGACGUCCAACCCAAGCCAAUUCGGCCCCAACGAAUAGCUUUACUUCCAUAUCCACAACCACCACUCACCUUUACCUCAAAAUCCACCACCACCCACCCGCCCUUCCAUCCACUAACGAAGAUACCAAAAUUAUUUUGAAGUACAGUUCAAAUAAUCCGAUAUACCACAAACGUAAUGCUUUAGGUUAAAGGGUGAAUUUUGUAAUUAAUAAAACCGUUAACAUUUGCUAUCAAAUUAAAAAAAAAAGUCUGUAAAACCUUAUUGUAAUACCUCACCUCAGACGGAAAUGAAAAGUGUGACAUACGAACAUAUACAUAUGUAUACAUAUUUAAGGCGGAUUCAUCCUUCUAGUUCAGAACUUUUCUUCCAUGGGAUUGUCGUUUUGUUUGUCUCUCUCUGGGAGAGCAACUGAGAAGAAUUCUGAACGCUUUUGGGUUGUUAACUCAACUUCAACUUUAGUUUAAAACUAAAACGAUGAAUCCACCUUAAAGGCUCAGUUAUGCAUACUUUGCACUGCACUGCAUAACAUGUCAUUUUACGUAAAAAUUAAAAAACCAACAGACUUUUGGAUAUGUAAUGCUGUGCGUUGGGUAACAUUUAACA